AUGUGCAGACUUGAUUUCUCUGUGGAAAUUAUUUUAAAAAAAUUGUUGGAGAAAAUAAUUAGUUAUUUAUUAAAAUUAUGUCCAUUUCAAUUGGACAUUUUUCGUAGAGAAAAUAUAAACAUUCAUGUGAUACCAGUAAAAAAUGAAAUGUCAUUGAAUACAUUUCUAGAUUCUCUUGGGAGUUUUCUGAAUGUUUUCAUAAUAUAA